AUGACCGACAACAUCCCGCUGCAGCCGGUCCGGCAGAAGAAGCGGAUGGACAGCAAGCACCGCAGCGGGUGUUGUGAGUGCUUAAGAUGCUGUGGCAGGAGAGACCCAAGGCCUCGUACUGUUUGGCUUGGCCAUCCAGAGAAGAGAGACCAGAGAUACCCUCGCAAUGUGAUCAACAAUCAGAAAUACAACUUUUUUACAUUUCUCCCUGGGGUGUUGUUUAACCAGUUCAAAUACUUCUUCAACCUUUAUUUCUUGCUUUUGGCCUGCUCUCAAUUUGUUGUUGAAAUGAGGCUUGGCGCACUUUACACAUACUGGGUUCCUCUGGGAUUUGUGCUUGCUGUUACCGUCAUCCGAGAGGCCGCGGAGGAGAUCAGAUGUUACAUGCGCGACAAGGAAGUGAACUCACAGAUCUACAGCAAGCUCACAGUGAGAGGGACUGUGAAGGUGAAGAGCUCUAAUAUACAAGUAGGCGAUCUCAUCAUUGUUGAAAAGAACCAGCGGGUCCCUGCUGACAUGAUCUUCCUGAGGACGUCGGAGAAGAAUGGGUCUUGCUUCCUUCGCACUGACCAGCUGGAUGGUGAGACAGACUGGAAAUUGCGGCUGCCUGUUACCUGUACUCAGAGGCUGCCAACUGCUUCUGACCUACUGCAAAUCCGAUCUUAUGUAUAUGCAGAAGAACCCAAUAUUGAUAUACAUAACUUUGUGGGGACCUUCACAAGGGAGGACAGUGACCCCCCAGUGAAUGAAAGUUUAAGCAUAGAAAACACUCUAUGGGCCAGCACAGUGAUUGCAUCAGGUACUGUUGUGGGAGUUGUCCUCUACACUGGAAGGGAACUGCGCAGUGUGAUGAAUACUUCAAACCCAAGAAGUAAGAUUGGUCUUUUUGAUUUGGAAGUGAACUGUCUUACCAAGAUCCUAUUUGGGGCUCUUGUGGUGGUCUCGCUUGUCAUGGUGGCCCUUCAGCACUUUGCUGGCCGUUGGUAUCUUCAGAUCAUAAGAUUUCUCCUUCUGUUCUCAAACAUCAUUCCCAUUAGUUUACGUGUGAAUCUGGACAUGGGGAAAAUUGUCUACAGCUGGGUGAUCCGCAGAGAUUCCAAAAUUCCCGGGACUGUGGUUCGGUCCAGCACUAUUCCUGAGCAGCUGGGGAGGAUAUCCUAUUUGCUUACAGACAAAACAGGAACUCUUACACAGAACGAGAUGGUCUUCAAGCGACUUCACCUGGGAACGGUAGCUUACGGCCUGGACUCCAUGGAUGAAGUGCAGAGCCACAUAUUCAGUAUAUACACGCAGCAGUCUCAGGACCCACCUGCUGUGAAGGGCCUUACCUUAGCCACCAAGGUGCGUAAAACCAUGAGCAGCCGAGUGCACGAGGCGGUGAAGGCAAUCGCGCUGUGCCACAACGUGACACCAGUGUACGAGUCCAACGGGGUGACAGACCAGGCUGAAGCCGAGAGACACUACGAGGACUCCUGCAGGGUGUACCAGGCCUCCAGUCCUGACGAGGUGGCCCUGGUACAGUGGACUGAGAGCGUGGGCUUAACGCUGGUCGGCAGAGACCAGUCCUCCGUGCAGCUGAGGACACCGGGUGGCCACAUCCUGAACUUCACCAUCCUCCAGAUCUUCCCCUUCACUUACGAGAGCAAGCGCAUGGGCAUAAUCGUUCGGGAUGAAUCAACAGGAGAGAUCACCUUCUAUAUGAAGGGGGCUGAUGUGGUGAUGGCUGGGAUCGUGCAGUACAACGACUGGCUGGAAGAGGAGUGUGGUAACAUGGCUCGGGAAGGCCUGAGGGUUCUUGUUGUAGCCAAGAAGUCUCUGACAGAAGAGCAGUAUCAAGACUUUGAAGCACGCUACGUCCAGGCGAAGCUAAGUGUGCAUGACCGCUCCCUGAAGGUAGCCACAGUCAUCGAGAGCCUGGAGAUGGAGAUGGAGCUGCUGUGUCUCACCGGCGUGGAGGAUCAGCUGCAGACGGAUGUCAGACCCACUCUGGAGACGCUGAGAAAUGCUGGCAUUAAGGUGUGGAUGCUGACAGGGGAUAAGUUAGAGACAGCCACGUGUACAGCCAAGAAUGCACAUUUGGUGACACGGACACAGGACAUCCAUAUAUUCAGACUAGUGACUAACCGUGGAGAAGCCCAUCUAGAGCUGAACGCCUUCCGCCGGAAACACGACUGUGCUCUUGUUAUUUCUGGCGACUCACUGGAGGUGUGUCUGAAAUACUAUGAGUAUGAGUUCAUGGAGCUGGCUUGCCAGUGCCCUGCCGUUGUGUGCUGCAGAUGCGCUCCGACACAGAAGGCCCAGAUUGUGCGAUUGCUCCAGGAAAGGACCGGCAAACUCACCUGUGCAGUAGGUGAUGGAGGGAAUGAUGUUAGCAUGAUUCAGGAGGCUGACUGUGGUGUUGGAGUUGAAGGAAAGGAAGGAAAACAGGCAUCACUUGCAGCCGAUUUCUCUAUCACUCAGUUUAAACAUCUGGGUCGUUUACUAAUGGUGCAUGGAAGGAACAGUUACAAACGGUCUGCAGCUCUCAGUCAGUUUGUAAUCCACAGGAGCCUGUGCAUCAGUACAAUGCAGGCUGUUUUCUCGUCAGUAUUUUACUUUGCUUCAGUUCCUCUCUACCAAGGCUUUCUCAUCAUUGGGUACUCCACAAUUUACACGAUGUUUCCAGUGUUUUCUCUAGUCCUGGACAAGGAUGUUAAAUCUGAAGUUGCAAUGUUGUACCCAGAGCUCUACAAAGAUCUUCUUAAGGGACGACCGUUAUCAUACAAAACAUUUUUAAUAUGGGUCUUAAUAAGCAUCUAUCAAGGUAGCAUCAUCAUGUAUGGAGCACUCCUCCUCUUUGAAUCCGAAUUUGUCCACAUUGUUGCCAUUUCCUUCACAUCCUUGAUUCUCACCGAGUUACUGAUGGUGGCGUUGACGAUCCAGACGUGGCACUGGCUCAUGAUAGUGGCUGAGCUCCUUAGUCUCUCCUGCUACAUAGCUUCUCUGGUCUUCUUACAUGAGUUUAUUGAUGUUUACUUCAUUGCAACUUUGUCGUUCUUGUGGAAAGUCACAGUCAUCACUCUGGUGAGCUGCCUUCCCCUCUACGUCCUGAAGUACCUGAGACGAAGGUUUUCUCCCCCAAGUUAUUCGAAGCUCACGUCCUAGGGCUGCCCUCCUUGCACACCAGAGACAAAUAUUGCACAUGGCUGAGAGACAAAAUCAUGUAGUUGUUACUAUAAUGAAUACGUCCAAUAUUUGCAUAAGGAUCAUGUGGUAAUCUCUAUUACAUGCUGCUUUAUUGAAAAAGACUUCACAACUGCCGUGAACGGAAACCUAACGAUAAAAGGGAGUUUUUUGAGAGUGGAGGCACUUGUUAGUUCAUCCAGUUCUUGUCACUUUUGUUCAACUUAACUGGGGUCAAAUGCACGUAACUGCAAUGACGAUGGGUUUCUCAAGCAUGGUUAAAAGUAUCUGAAAGCUGCUAACUGACCUUGGAAUUUACAUUGGGCAAGUUUAAGUUACUUUUUUUAAGUAUCUGUGCUGUUCCUUGCAUUGUGUUAUGUUGUUCUAUAUUAUUUAUCUUUUUGAUUCAAGUAGUUACAUUCUUUUUACAUCUUGGAAAUCCCUUAAUGUAGGUGAUGCACUAUACUGCUGACAGCUGAUUCCUGAUUUAUGGCAUGCUGUUUCCAUAAUGGGGCUCCAGCAUGUUGGAUCUACAUGCACUUGAGAAUCUGAGCGUGUUUGAGAUUUUCCUUCAGUUGAAAUGUGGUCACCCUAGUGAUUUUGGAGGUAUCCAGCCAUUGAUAAAUACAGAGAAAUGGUAGUCCAAAAUGAAGAAAUUCAGUUUUGUUUAGCUUUUGUGCUUCCUGUUAAAAGGAGCUGGUGACAUAAUAGCUUUACUCUAUAUUUAUUUGUAUAGGAGAAAAUUAUCUAAACUAAAGCAAAUCCUCUUUGGAAAAGAAAUUUGCAGUUGAUCAGACUUGAAAUGUGUCGACAACGUGAGAAGAGACUCGUACUGUUCUGCAGACAAUGUGGCAGACGUGUCUUGAAUCCUUGGAGACUGAAAGGAGAGGUCACAGAGCUGCUAUUCCUCACAGCUACACGAAAUCUGUUUCCUGUUAGGGUGAAACUACGAAGAUGAGCUGCAAAUAAGCUGAGGCGCUCCUAGGUGGAUGUUGUUCAUGACAUACUCCCUGCAGAGAGGCAGUUUUUGAGAACCUUGCACUUGCUUUGCUCUAAAAACCAAACUUGAAUCACAGGAGUGGGGUUCGUAGGAAGGCAUUAGGCUCAUGUGCAGAGCAAAUUUAUGUAUUUAUUUUUAAUUUUCAAAUAUUAAACUCAAUGAGUUCUGUUUUUAUAAUAAGCAUUGGCCCACAUUAUAAUACCGUGAGGAGAGCAACACGUACUUAGGCUGCUCAGGAGAAGGACAGAGAGUUACGGGAACCUUUUACGUUUGGGUCCAUGCGUCAAACAUGGAUGAGCUUUUAGUGGCAGCCAUCCUCAUCUGUUGGCUGUUUAGUCUGUGCUAAAUUAGUUGCUUGCUGUCUCAUUCCCACAUCAUGAAAACCACAGUCGGAGCUGGCACUGCUUGGCGCCGUUGUUGGUCAGCUGCGCAGAGGGACCAGGAACAGCAGAGCCCAGAGCCUGAGCUCCCUUCUCCUCUCGAGGCAGCUCGUCCAGGUCAGGGCAACCAUGCUGGUGUGAGGAGCAGAAGCUCCCUGGUUAUCUCUGUGCCAUGCUGAACCUCUGUCACAGACUGCCAGCUUCUCUUGCCAUUGCUACAGGCGUUCCACUGUCGCAAGCAGCACAAUGCUGCAUUAAAAGGUCUGAUGUGAAAAUCAGUGGAAAAUGGGAGUGUUGUUUUAAAAGAGCUGGGGUCUACGUUGACCCAUAGUGGUACGUCUUGAAUUUUCAGAUCUAAGAUAGCUGUGGCUUGUGUGGUAAUUGCUCUGGGGAGUGUUUUGCACAACCUGACCUGCCUUCCUUGCUCUCAGUUCCUGUGAGUAAGUAUCAAAGAGGAGGGGAAGCAAGUUCCGGAAGAUUUAGUGAAAAAUUGGAUGUGCUUCAUAAUGCAUAUGGCUCAGGGUGAGAGGAAGGUACAAGUCCGUAUGACCUUGUUGUUAUUUCAUGUGGGGGAAACCCUCUUAAUUUAGAAAAUCAUGUUUCAAAUUGCUUCAGGAAUAAGAACAGCAAACACUCUUUAACUCACUGGUUUUUCUUUUGUGCUAGUCUUCUGAUUAGGCUCUUGUCUAAAGUCCUGAUACAUAGCAACCGCCUUCAGAAACAACCUACUGGCUAAGGAAAGCUAAUUCUUAGUAUUCACCUUUUCAUAAUAUUUUGAAAAAUUGCCUUUUUCCUUCUCUUCUAAUUUUUUUCCUAAAAAUAAUAAUAAUAUACAUUUAUACUUAUUUGACACGCAUGUUCAUGUUGGGAAAGGCCCUAGAAGUCCCACAUUCUCCGUGAAUUGUCUCGCAGGGGAAAAGCAGUGCCUGAACAGCCCGUUUGUGGGGGAGUUGGGCUAACAGCCUUUUGUGAAUUAUGCCACUUUGCCAAAAAGAUACUUAAUGUUGUCUUUAUUGUGACUUGCUACAGCUCCUGGAUAGUGUUGGCCAUGCAGGUGUUCUGGAGUCCCCAGUCAGCAUUUGAUUUAAAUAGAUUUAAAUGCAAGAAUCAAGAAUUUGUUUUGGCCACUUCUGGUGACUGAGAAGUCAAGUCCCUCUUGUCCGUUGGCAAACACAUCGCAGUAGACAUCUUUGUAAAGCCCUGUCCCUAUCUAGUGUGUAUUAGUAGUUAAAUGUCCUGCAAGAAUAACAGUGCCAUGCUACUGUAUGUAAAUAUUUGAGACGUAUAUAGGGUAGAAUUCACUGUUUCCUGAAGUCAAUACAGUUUACACUGAGUGGACCAUAUUUGCAAAAUAUUAGCUUACGCCAAGAAAGGGAGUGAAUUGUGAUUUUGGUUAUAUUUAUUGAAUCAUAACUUUAAUAAGGAAUGCAUAUUUAGUGGAAUUAAUAGUAAGCUAUAGCUGUGUUUUGGGGUGCGAAUUAUGUUCCUUUGCAGCUAGUUUUUUUGCACAAGGUUGUAAAUCCAGGAAGUAAUUUCUGUCUGGGUAUACACUGCAUUUUUUUUAAAGCAAUCAGAAAAUUAAAACUGCCAUCUGACAAACAGCAGGAAGGAGGAAUGAUUGUUAUAUUUUUCAAGUUUAGCACUUUAUGUCUGCAAUCUAUUUCUCUUCAGUUAUUUAAAAAAUGUUUUUAAAAGCAAAGUUUAAUACAUAUGUUCAUACUUACUGUACAUUUGAAUAAAUGGAUUUCUCUGCUGGAAAUUUAAUCUUUUUCCUCUAGUAUGCUCAUAAUUUGUGCUUAUUGGGAGUGAAGCAUUGUUUUCUUCUUCUGUGUAGUAUCUUGUUUGUAGCCUUACUUAGUGUUCUUCCUAUUCCUUUUUUUGUUGUGGUUUAUGUACUGUAGCAGUUCAUAUAACUUGUGUGCUUUGGGACUGUGCUCCAAGUGAUGCUGUAGGGUAGCGGUGUAUGUCUCACAGUGUGCUCUUGCUUCCCGUGGCUGCUUUAGGGAAGCCAACGCUCUGGGCUGUGCUGCUGCGGUGGUUAGCUAACGUGGAGGUUUUGUGACAUGCACUGCUCUCUUCCUGCAUGUCUACAGUAAUUCCAGGUGUGUCACAACCAUUUUCUUUUUUUUUUUUCCUUUACCUCUGUAUUUGUUUCCUCCAUAGAGCUUGUCCUGUUUAUCUUUGCAAACAUUUGUUUUGCUCAACUCAUAGUGCAAUUGAAAUGCAACAUUCUUUAUUCAACAGCAGCAGCUUAAAUCUGUGCAGGGUCUUAUCAGAACUGGGCUGAGGAGUGAUGAGUGACAUCCCUGGUGUCCCCUCAGUGUUGAGAACUACGUGCCGAGAGCUACAGCUGUGGCUGGACCAAACUGAGCAGCACCAAAAGUGGUGUUUUUCUGUGGUCUACUGAACUAUCACAAUUGAACGCCGUGACAACCUCUCUCGUUCUCUGCUACUGCUGAGGAAAAUUUUGCUAUAGUUGAGCUGAGUUUGUCAGGGAGCCCCAGAGAGUUAGAUGUGUGAAUCCCUAAAGCCUGUCUUUUGGCUUUAUCUUUUGAAGAAAGCCGCUGCACCAUCUGAUGCAUCAUAAAUCCUUGGUUUGCGCAAGCAGUGCUCUGAACCAGGUAUGUGAACUACUGUUGCAUGCAGCUCACCAUCACAAGUUCUUUGCGCACAGCUGUUCGGCUGGGGUUUGGCUCAUCCCCAUGGUUGCUGGGGCCAGUCCAGUGCCAACUAAAAUCUUCAGCGUGAGCUGGGUGGGCUGUUUUAUUUUUCAUUUAUCAUUAGUUAUUUCAUAAUUAAUAAAAUCUUUGAUUUGCAUGAAAUCCUGGGUUCUACAGCUUUGCCAAUAUGGUCCAUUACUACUGCCUACUACAACUUGUGUACUUAUAUGCCUUUGAGAACAUUUUUAAUUGUUAAAAAAUAAAUGUUAAGUUAAUUUAAUUUUUAAUUGGGGAAAUGGAUUCUGGUGUCAAAAUGAUAUUUACUGUGAUGCCGAUGUUUUGUACCUGUCAUCUAGUUAAACAAUAUGUAAAUACUCUUGAUUCAAGAGAAAUAUCAAUGCCAAUUAUUUAUUGUUCUGUGGAGUUACGUGUUGCAGAUGUGUAAGAACUUAAAAGGGAAUGUUGUAAAACAAGGUGGAAAAAUAAAUU